AUGUUUCAAACACUUCUGUUGCUUUCGCAGUAUUGUCUAUUCUCUGUUCUGGUCCCCUCAUCUAUUGCGUUUGGCAUUCAGAUUUUAUGUGAUGAACGAAUUCUCGGAGCAAUGCUCAUUCACGGCCGAUGCACGCAGUCCGGUCCGUUACAAUUGUUACGGGACAAAGUUAAUACCAGUGGAAUGUCCGAAUCGCUCAAGGCCGCAUUUUUAAGAUACAAACAAUUUUUGACGGAGAAGGUGAAUAGUAAAAAUCUCAAUCUGCUGACCUACACUUAUGCCCAAUGUCCGAUACUCUUCAUUUCCGGUACGUUGUCCGCUCAUCGGUCCGGUGUGCGGUACAUGUUCGAACUGAUGAACAAAGCGCGCAAAGACGAUCCAAAAAGUAGAACUAGUCUGGAGCUGAUGGAAAUAGAUGACACAGCUACACCACUGAUCGAAAAACCGGAGAAAGUGGCUGAAAGUGCAUUGCUGUUCCUCCAAGGACUUGGAAUUGUGACUUCGGUGAGACCUAUCUCGGGAUCAACUACUCGCAAAUCGUCAAUUGACCCCAGCGCUCCAAUGGCAUCACCGGAGAAACGAUCCUGUUCGGAAUUCGUGAAUCUGGAUUCGGCUUCACCUGCAACCACGGAUGUGACCAAACCGUUACCCACUGACGUGCCACCCAAACCGGGUGACACACCGGUGCACCAGGGAUCGAAUGCUUCUUCCCGUUUCCUCAAUCGACAAUUGUCAAUGGCCGAACUAGACUUGCCCCGUGGACCGGAUGCGUUGAGUACUUUGAAAAUUAUUCAAAGUGCAGCCUCGAAUUCAUCGCGGAAAUUCUCCCAGAGUUCCGCAAUGGAACACCGAUUGUCUGAUACUGCCGAAUAG